AUGGUCCCUGAGAUUGCGGAACGCUAUCAACUACAUAGCCUUGGUAGCCGAAUCCUGUCCGAGAUUGAGAGCCAAACCACAUCCUGUAUACCGCCCCCAAGGCCAGGAAAUAAACGGAAGCGAAUGGGAAAUAGGACGACUGCUGCCAGUGCCAGUGUUCCGCGCCAGAUGGAAGACGCCCCAUCUCCCAACGAUUCGUGCACUUCUAAACGCGUGCGGUUGAACCAGAGUUCGGCAUCGCGCGAGCAUGUGUCAACGCUGAUGACGCAUUCCAGACGCGAUGAGCGAAACGUCGACGAGCUUCCGGUUUCCAGCAGUCUGCGCCUGGGUCUCAAGAUAAUGGACCGCGCUACUCAAGUUCCCAAAAUACGCCUUACUGGCCUAUACAUCAAAACCACUUUGAUGCCAGAGCUCAUAGUCAUUUUGGAUCUCUUUCCCAGCCGAAUGUAUUGA